AUGUCAGGAUACGGAAACAACUACCAGCAAGGCGGGGGUUAUCCUUCGCAGCAAGGAGGUUAUGGGCAGGACCAGAACUACAAUAACAACCACAACAACAACGGCGGUUACGGUCAGCCCCAAGGGCAAGCUGCCGACUAUUACGGUGGUGGUGGUCAGCCUCAGGGCCAUGGUCAACCUCAUGGCUACGGCCAACAGCCCCAAAACUAUGGCCAAUCUCAAGGCUACGGCCAGCAGGAUGGGCAGGGCUACGGCCAGGAACCACCUCAAUAUCAGCAAUACCCGUCGACAGCAACCCACUCGUCCAAUUCGGGACGCAAUUCGCACAACCAAGGAGAGCAGAACCAGUACGGAGGCGAGGGCGAUCCCGAGGGAGACCGUGGAAUCAUGGGCGGUAUUGCCGGAGGGGCCGCAGGUGCCUUCGGUGGUCACAAGCUAGGAGGAAAGGCCGGCCACGGCACGGCAGGCACGAUCAUCGGAGCCCUCUCGGGUGCUUUCGCUGGCCAUAAGGCUCAAGACGCUGCCUCGGACUGGAAACAUGAACACGACGAUAAGAAGGAGAAGGAGAAGGAAGAGGAGAAAUGGCGCAAGCAGCAGGAAGAGCAGCAGAAGUAUCAGCAGCAACACGGCGGCCACCACGGCUCGAACCACAACAACGAUCACCGCACCCGCGGUAACUUCGGCGGCAACUUCACCGAUUCAUCCCGCGACAUUCGUCUUGAUGCCCACGGCGACUACACCUUGCACGCGCAGUGUCGUACGUUCGAUGGCUCGUAUCAGUCGAGCUCGAUCAGCCUGAACCAGAUCAUCGAGAACGACGGCGGUAGCUUCCGGUGGUCUGGUGGAAACAGCAACGGCGCUUCCACAUACACGGUGCAGCAGGGCGACACGCUUCGGGCUAUCGCCGCCAGAUUCUCCCACUGCUCGUAUGAGGAUCUCGCGAGACACAACAACAUCAGCAACCCCGAUAUGAUAUACCCGGGGCAGAACUUGCAGGUGCCCGGCGGAGGUACGAGAGGUGGCGGCAACUUUGGCGCAUCGGCCAGGAACGUCAGGCUUGCCGACGGCGGACAGAAGCUUGAGGGUGACUUGGAGAGGAACGGCGAUUGGCACUCGAGGUCGAUUAUCUUGGAUGAGAGGAUCGCCAAUAGGAAUGGGUGCUUGGAGUUUGUGUAA